AUGUCCACUGGAAGCGGGCUUGGAAUACAGCAGGUAGAGAUGCCAUACAUGCCGGAGUACGCAUCGUUGGAUUCGCGUUUACGGUCCUUUCGAAAUUGGACUUACGGACACGUUCAAGAUUCGAAACGAUUAGCGGAGGCCGGUUUUUACUAUGCGGGCGUUGAGGACGAGGUGCGCUGUUUUCACUGUGAUGGGGGGCUCCGCGAUUGGCUAGUGACUGAUGAUCCGUGGCACGAGCACGCUCGUUGCUUUGCGGGAUGCAGCUUUCUGCAGCUAGUGCUGGGAGAAACUUACAUCAGCCAGGUGCUGCUGAAUGGAGCUGCCAUCAUAGCAGAUGAGGACGCGGCGAGCACCAGUGCACAACAACGAGCUAACAUUGGUAAUGCAAGCAGUUCUAUGCUGUUGGGAGGAACAUAUUCUCAGCCGCUACAGCAGCAGCACAGCAAUGAGUUAACACAUCAAUUAAAGGAAGAGAACAAUCGGUUGAAAGAGGAACGUGAAUGUAAAAUAUGUUUGACACGCGAAGUUGGUGUUGUGUUUUGUCCCUGUGGCCAUUUGGUAUCAUGUGUGCAGUGUGCUCCGGCUAUCUACAACUGCCCGGUGUGUCGUGCCUUAAUUACGGGCCGUAUCCGUACAUAUCUUUCGUAGAGAUCACUGAAGAUA